UCCUCUCUCUCAGUGUGUGUGGUGGGGGGAGGAUAGAAGGGUCCUCUCUCUGGUCGGUGCUCUCUCUCUAUUAGUGUGUGUGGUGGGGGAAGGACGGAUCUUCCAUCUGGUAGCCCUCCUCCUCCUCCCUCCUCUGUUGGGUGCAGGCUGUGUGUCAGCUCGCUAUGUCGGAUGACGAUUCCAGGGCCAGCUCCUCUUCAUCCACCUCCUCCUCCUCCAACAACCAGCACAUAGACCGGGACCUCUCCAACAAUCUCCCCAGGAAGAAGGACACCAAAGUCAGCAUGAGCAAGAACUCCAAACUCCUCUCCACCAGCGCCAAGAGGUACCUACCGUCCUCCGCCACCUCCGUGAUUCAGAAAGAACUGGCUGAUAUCACCCUGGAUCCUCCUCCAAACUGCAGUGCUGGUCCAAAAGGAGACAAUAUUUAUGAAUGGCGGUCUACUAUUUUGGGUCCUCCUGGCUCAGUGUAUGAGGGAGGUGUUUUCUUCCUGGACAUCACAUUUACACCUGAAUACCCAUUCAAACCCCCUAAGGUGACAUUUCGGACGAGGAUCUACCACUGCAACAUAAACAGCCAAGGAGUCAUCUGUCUCGAUAUCCUGAAAGAUAACUGGAGCCCAGCAUUAACCAUUUCUAAAGUUCUCCUCUCCAUCUGUUCACUGCUCACAGACUGCAACCCUGCUGACCCUCUCGUUGGAAGCAUUGCCACCCAGUACACGACCAACAGAGCCGAGCAUGACAGAAUGGCCAGACAGUGGACCAAGAGAUACGCUACAUAAAUAAAGCUCAGCACACCAGUUUGUCUGUGAUAGCAAGAGCUGCUUGAUCAUUGGGCAAUGGAGGGUGGGAGUCUGCAAAGAAUAGGUUAUUUCUAUAACAAAUUUUAUUCUGUCUUUUAUUUCCAGAGAAUUUUGUUAUUGUAACUUAAGGUAUCUUUCUGCGGUAACUGACUGGAUUACAGAAACCUCUGAAUUAUGAUCUAAAGAGGACUACAAAGAAUGUAAAGUUGUUUUCCCCUUUUAUUUUGGUUCUGGAAGCGAUUAUGUAAACUAUUCAAACCAUUUAAUUUUGUACAGUUACACUGCUUAUACUGUAUACCUCUGUGUUGUCCUUGUUCAAGUAUUGAAUGCAUAUUUGUGUGUGAGAGAUGAAUUGCAGAGUGUGUGACAAACAUAACCAAGCCUCUACUGUAAGGGGCCUGGUAAGCUGUAUUAAACAUUUUACACUUUAUAUAAUUUUCUUUUUUGUAUGUCGGUGAGCUUUGAUGAAAGAGGUGGUAAUGGAAUCUAGUAAAAUACCUUAAGCUGUUUAAAUGUAAAAGUGAAUAAGAAUUACUCCGUGGAUUGGUUAUAUGUUGUAGGCUAAUGAAGUCUGCAUUUGUUACUGUGCUAAUAAAAGUGAAAAAAAAAAAAUGUG